GCUUGCCUUGCACCGAGGAGUUUCGGCGACAUACUUUACUUUGGCUGGUGCUCUUCUCAUAAUCAUCUCACCAGGUCUACAUUGCAACGUCCGAGUUCACACCGCGCAACGAGAUGGAUCAUUUAACCGACUCCCGGUCCAAUGGCUCAAUACGUCCACCGUAUCUGCGACCUGUCAAGAAGGCAUGUUUGGAUUGCCAUAGACGCAAAGUGAAAUGCGAUGGUGCCACGAACGGGUUCCCGUGUAGCAAUUGCAAAUCAGCACAGAUUGAGUGCACGAUUGCUGAACGACGCAAGCGGAGAGCGAAGUCGUCAGCGACGGGGCCACCGCCUGAGAAAAGGAGCAGAACUGACCGAGUUGCUGUCACUGAGAACCAGGAGAACAACGAGCAAAUUGACACGAUAACUGUUGAAUGCGCCGCCAAUGAAGCAGAAUUGGCGAAGCAACAUCUUGUGGAGUUCUUCAAUCAAGACCUACAGGACAACCCCAUCAAAGCCAGAUCGACGUACGUUGGGAGCGAGCUUUCAAACUUGCACUACUUGACUCGUCAAAGAUCGCUCAGUCAGCAUGUUCAUCACUAUCCUUGCUCCAACAUCUAUGUUCCACGGGUUUUCCGAAAGUCUCAAGGUCCUGCUACACCGAACCUUAUCCCAAAGGACGCCUUUGUACUACCACCCACACACGUCUCUGAUGUUUUGAUUGAGGACUACUUCAGUUACAUACAUCCUGGGUUUCCAAUCAUUGACAAGAAUAAGUUUCUACGGGAAUAUCAUGACUCAACGUCAGCUCCUUCUAUCCUCCUAUUGCAGGCCAUCUGUCUUGCGGGCAGUCACGUCACAACGACAUUCAAAAACAACCAAGAUCUGAAAGCUGCAUUCUUCCGACGCGCGAAAGCCUUGGUUGACGGACGAUAUGAGGAAGAUAGGAUGCAUGUCGUGCAGGCUGCUUUGUUGCUAACGUGGUUCUCCGAUGGCGGUGAUGAUAUCUGUGCAAAUGCCUGGUGGUGGAUUGGGGUUGCCGCAAGAACAGCCAUUGGUCUAGGAAUGCAUCGAGAUGUCGGCCCUAGCAAGAUGCCAGAGGGGGACAAGCGUAUAUGGCGGAUGAUCUGGUGGUGUCUGGUACAAUUUGACUGCCUAGUCUCCUUGUGUUUUGGUCGACCACAGUAUAUUAACCUUGACGACAGCGACGUGCCACCCCUUUGUGCAGAUGAUUUCGACACUUCGAUGAAAAGCCAGGAGACAAGUUUCGUAAUGCAUCAUGCGAGACUCUGCGCUAUUGUGACAGACCUUGUGCGCUCACAUUUGUCGCUGAAGGCGAGAAGCUCUGGUACCAGCAGAAAGGAUGCCCUAGAGAAGAUUGACGGAGCAUUGGCAGAAUGGUUCGGGAGCCUACCGUCGAGUCUACGUGAUGGCUCGAUACACACUACCGCGCAUACUGACCCGUGGUCUUCAUUACUCCACUUGACUUAUUUCACAGUCCUAAUCCAGUUUCACAGAUCACAAGGGCACGCUGCGGACAAUCUUACCCACCACGAUAUACAAAAUGAUGCUGAGAUUUGUGCGGAUGCUGCCUCAAACAUCAUACGAAUCUUCCAACAGCUUUGCCCACAAUCAGGUCUCCGUCAUUGCUGGUUCUGGGCUUCCAGCGCCCUCUUCGCAGCGAUGCUCCAGGUCAAUGGAGAGCUCAAGAGCCAAAACUCGAUACUCGCCCUACGUGCUAGAGACAAACUUGAUUCUGGUUUACAAAGUCUGCGGAAGUUGGCACGAUACUGGCUCUAUGCAGCCUCGAUCUUCCGACUUUUUCAGUCUCAUACAAAUAAGCCUUCACGGAGUAUACCAUUUCAGACAAGAGGCCCCGCUUCGACUGUCGAUACAUUCAACUUUGACGAAGCUUCUACAGUAUCGACGGUCUCGCCGAGAGAUACCAGGCCUAGCAACGCUUCCCAGGCUUUGCAUCCAGAUCCGUAUCAAGCUCUUGUAGAAGAGCAUCCAGAAAUGGAGUGGGUCCAGCCACCAUCGCUUGCAGCACCUGACGACGGCAACAUCCUGAACUUGGAGCCGAACAGAUGGCAAUUUAAUUCAAGCCAAUGGCAGUCUUUGUACUGGAGUGAUCCCCUUACCAACAUCAACCUGGAUGAUGCAUUUGGCAAUUUCGAGAUCGAGGGGUUUCAGUAGGACCGAAGGCACAAUCACAGUAGCUUCUUACAUGGUUGAUACUCUUCUGGUCCCACCAUUUGUAACUUUCGGCUUUCAGAUUAACUAGUCCUCGGUGUUCCUUGGAUGGUCAUUGUCAACAGCAUAAUAAAGGACUUUAUCUGAAGCUAUCUUUGUGGGUCAUGAACAUUGAUUGACCGAGAUACCGAUGCACAGGCCUCAACUUCAUGGAAAUCGUGACCCGGGAUUAGCGGCACAAGCGAUGAUACGGAUGGGUCCCUGCAGUUCCACAAAACCAUGAGCUUUGAUAAAGGUGCAGAUAAGGUUCCGAACCUCCUCGUACACCUUCU